GUUUAGUGUUUGCUUGACCUCAUCAGUGCCGGCCCCCGGGCGAUCCCACCUGCUGCCCGUCAGCCAGCCCGUCUGUCGUGUUUCUUACGCCGUGCCGUGUGUACCUGCGUCUUACACUCUUCCAACAUUACGCCUCACUCUCGCUUUUCUAUCGCCAUCGAUCAGGCCUGACCCCUUGGUUGAGUUGCGGCUUCAACCACGACGCUCGUUUGUGAGAACCUUGGUCGCGGAAGAAGCUGAGUGGGGAUCAGAUGGCGUUUCUACGGACAGCGGCGCAUGCGCUGCUUACGCUCAGCCUUGUUGGCAGAACCGUGACGCCUGUUGCUGCGAUUGAUUUGGAUCCGACGAAUUCUGACUCAAUCAAAAGCGCCGCCGCAAUAGUCGCGAAAGAUCUCAUGGGAUACUAUGCGACAGGCUCAACUGGUGCGGUCAUCAGCGGUAUCCCCGGCCUACUCACAUACCCGCCCUACUACUGGUGGGAAGCCGGAGCCAUGUUCGGGCAGAUGGUGGAGUACUGGUACUACACCGGCGACGACACCUACAACGACAUCGUGUCAGCGGGGAUGCAAUUCCAAGUCGGAAACGCGCGGGAUUUCAUGCCCGCCAACCAAUCCAAAGACGAAGGCAACGACGACCAGCUCUUCUGGGCCUUCACCGUCAUGUCGGCGACCGAAGUCGGCUUCCCGAACCCGCCGGCCGACAAGCCGCAGUGGCUCGCGCUCGCGCAAUCCGUCUUCAACCAGCUCACGACGCGCUGGGACACGUCGCUGUGCGCGGGCGGGCUGCCCUGGCAGAUCUACACGUGGAACCAGGGCUACAACUACAAGAAUACGGCCGCGAACGGCGGGCUCUUCCAGCUCGGCGCGCGUUUAGCGAAGUACACGGGCAACACGACGUACGCGGACUGGGCGAACAAGGCGUACGACUGGCUGGCCAGCAGCCCGCUCAUCACGGCCGACAUGCAGGUCUACGACGGGAGCAACAGCCUGAAAAACUGCACCGACGUCGACCGACUGCAGUGGUCCUACAACUACGGCAUCAUGAUCGGCGGUGCUGCUUACAUGUACAACUACACCAACGGCUCUCAAAUCUGGGAGACCCGCCUAACCGGCUUCCUGCAGCACGCCGAAUCCGUCUUCUUCCCCACGGCCUACGGCUCGCAAACCAUGGUCGAAGUCGCGUGCGAAGUGACGCAGAAAUGCGACGUCGACCAAUGGAGCUUCAAAGCCUACCUGUCGCGCUGGAUGGCCAUCUCGGCGCAAAUCGCGCCCUUCACCGCCGCCAAGAUCACGCCGCUGCUGCAGGCCUCCGCGAAGGCCGCCGCCAAGCAGUGCAACGGCGGCACCGACGGCACCGAGUGCGGCAGCCGCUGGUUCCAGGAUACCUGCGACGGGAACGUGGGCGUGGGCCAGAGCAUGAGCGCGCUGAGCGUGAUUAACGCGAAUCUGAUUGCGAGCGCGAAGGCGCCGCUGAGCGCGGAUACGGGGGGCACGAGUAAGGGGAAUCCGGCGGCGGGGACGGGGGGGAAUGAAGGGAGUGUGCUGCCGGUGGCUGGGCGCCGAGUCGUAGGGCGGCCGAGAUGCGAUAGCUGCGUAUCGGUUGUGGUCAUUGCGGCCUUGGGAUCGUGA